AUGGUACUUUUUUCUACAUACCGCAGCAGUAGGCUUGUGUCUAAGGAAUUCCUUCAUGGCCCUGUCAUGCGGUUCCGCGCACUUGGCGAAUAUUAUUUCCAACGCGCAUGGAAUGGUACAUUAAAUUGGGCACUUCCCGGUGAGUACCGCCUUUACGCCGUCAUGAUUCCCUUCAUUUAUUUUUACCACCGCUGGCAUAACGAUCAUACGUUGGAUAGAGAUCAUGUGGAAAAGGCAAUGAUUAUGCGAUGGGGUGGUACGUUGGAGGAUGUGCGUAAACUUUCUGCAAAGGAUCAAUUACGUGUGCGUUGCUUCACGGAUAUAGAGAAACUUUACUCCGCAUAUGGUCCAAAAGAUACGUAUUUGCAACCACCGGGUGACACGCUGCCCGGGAAGGAUUUUUAUCGCAAGGCGGGUGGAGCACAGGCACAUCAUUGA